AUGUGUUCUGUCACACUGGUGGACUGCAGGAAACUGAUGGAGAUGAAAACUGAACUCAUAGUAAAGGAAGAACAGACUGAUGAAGAUGAGAAUCAUGAUGAUUUUGUUCCUGCAAUCAAACUGGACACAAAAACAGAACCCACAUCAGAGGAAGAACAGCCUGAAGAAGAUGAGAAUGAUGAUUUUAUUCCUUCCGUGUCACGUGAGUUACUGUUUCAUAAAAGUCUUUCCUGCAUCACCUGUGGAAAGACAUUCAGUUCACAGAGACGUUUAGAGACACAUGAGAGAAAACACACAGAACAGAAACUCUUCACCUGCACCAGAUGUGACAUCAGCUUUCCUACCUUACAAGAGAAGAAACUUCAUUCACAAGAGCACAGAGACCACAAACACUUUCACUGUCAGCAGUGUGGGAGAGCUUGUGUCUCGUCUUCUAGUCUGAAACGUCACAUGAGGACACACACUGGAGAAAAACCUUUCCACUGCAGUCAAUGUGGCAAAUAUUUCAGCAGCAAACAAUAUCUUGUUAUUCAUCAGAGAAUUCACACGGGAGAAAAACCGUACGAGUGUCCUCACUGUGACAAGAGAUUCAACCAUGGAAGCAAUCUGAUGAAACAUGUGCGAUUACACGCAGAUGAGAGACGGUAUCACUGCAGUGAAUGUGGGAAGACCUUUAAGCAGGUAAAUUAUCUAAAGUCACAUCAAAAAGCACACUCUGAGGAGAAACUCUUUCCGUGUUCACACUGUGAGAAACGUUUUGUUAAUAUAUCGUGCUUGCUACGUCAUGAGCGAAUUCACACUGGAGAGAAACCUUACCUCUGCUCCAUCUGCGGAGAGAGAUUCACUCACUUCGCAAGUUUCCAGAAUCAUCAGAAGAAACAUGCUGAAGAACAAACUGGUCUAAAGUCGCACCAAACAACACGUACUGAGGAGAAACUCUAUCAGUGUUCACACUGUGAGAAACGCUUCCGUCAGAAAUCAAGUCUGAUAGCUCAUGAGAGAGUUCACACUGGAGAGAAACCUUACCUCUGCUCCAUCUGCGGAGAGAGAUUCACUCACUUCGCAAGUCUUAAGAAUCAUCAGAAGAGACAUGCUGAAGAACAAACUGGUCUAAAGUCGCACCAAACAACACGUACUGAGAAGAAACUCUAUCAGUGUUCACACUGUGAGAAACGCUUCCGUCAGAAAUCUAAUCUGAUAGCUCAUGAGAGAACUCACACUGGAGAGAAACCUUACGUCUGCGCUCACUGCGGAAAGAGAUUUUCUGAUCGUAGUACUUUUAGGGUUCAUCUGAGAAUCCACACUGGAGAGAAACCUUAUCACUGCAGUGUUUGUGGGAAGAGUUUUAAUCGUCAUCACCAUUUAGAGAGACACAAGAGACAUCAUCACACUGGAGAAGACCCUCAUCUCUGUAAUGUUUGUGGGAAACGUUUCACUCAACAAACUGCUCUUCUUAAUCAUCAGAGACUUCAAUGUGGUUCUUAAUUGUUCUCAGUGUGACAAGACGUUUGUUUAUUCAGGUAGCUUGAGAAUCCACGAGAGAAGAGAGAAACCUUCUCCAUCUGCAGUGAGAGAUUCGCUUAUUUAACAGGUUUUAAGACUCAUCAGAAGAAACAUGCUGAAGAACAAACGGCACUGGAAUCAUCAUAGCAUCUAUAACCUGGAAUAAUUCCCCUCGCAGUUUUCUUCUGUGUACUAUGUGCUAAUUUAAAUGAUUCUGUUAUUCUCUUCAUGUCUUUUCUCGUGUAUGAAUUCAAAUGAAUCUGUUUUGUGUUGUAUGUUUGUUAGAUACAACAUCAUUAUUAUUAACGUCUUGUGCUUAUAACAGUUUGCAGUUAAGAUGAGCAUAUUUUGUGUUCACAGUAUAGCACGGCCUCUCGUAUCUUAUCGCUACUUAACUGUUAAGACUGAAUGGGCAGGCGAACUCGUGAACUGUGUAUUCUUUAAUAAAAUGUGAGGGGAAGAGACUUUGCUUGAAAGGUAUCAUUUGCUAUUUUGUAUUGUCAUUUCGUUUGACCUACAUAGUUCUUUUUACUAACUGACAGGUCCCGGUCCCGUUCCGCGAUCGACACCAGACAACAGAGGAACAACCAGGGAAAUAUAGUAAUGGCAUAAUUAACUGUAUUCCUCUGUUGUCCGACGUCGACCACAAAACAAGACCAAACCGUCGAGCUUGUGCAGAGGCAGCAGCUUUUGCCAGAGGGGAACUGGAAUCCCCUGGUUGGGCCUGGGUUCUCCUGAGGUUUUUUUUCUCCAUUAGAGUUUUGGGUUCCUCGCCACCGUUUGCAUACUGUUUUUUGCAUCUGCCUGACCGGGGGGCUGCUUUAGGAUUUUAAAGUUUUAAUUAAUAUUGCAUAUAGGAAUUUAUAGUCUGUUAUAUUUGACCUGUGCUCCUCUCUCCUUUAUCCUAAAUGUGUGCUCUCACUGAGCGUGUGUGUCUGUGGGUGUGUCCGUUUUCUGUGUUUUCACCUUUUUCUUGUUUUUGCAGGUACAACUUUAAUUGUUUUGCUUAUAGUCAAUAUGUCUCAUGUACAGCUGCUUUGUAACAAUGAAAAUUGUAAAAGCGCUAUAUAAAUAAAGUUGAGUA